AUCUGCUUCAGUGUUAUCUUCCACACUUCCUACUCUUUGACCUUCUGGCUCGCUCGCCGAGUUCAGAUUGUAGUUUUUCUCCAACGACUCUCGACCGCUACAUUGUAUUUUUUAUACUGUGAUUUGUGUUUGAUUGCUGUGAGUGGUCAGCAUUUGAUCGAAUGAUACUGUAAAUGGUGAUUUUCCGGCGGUUUUUUCCGGAGCUCCUGUGAGUUUUGGGGUCUCACGGUGGAGCUCCGGAUAAGAUGUUCAAGUCAGCUAGAUGGAGGUCCGACAAGAACAGGUUCAAAGCUGUCUUCAAGUUGCAGUUUCAGGCAACUCAGGUGGCAUUGUUGGGGGAAAAUGCAUUGAUGAUAUCUGUAGUUCCUGGGGAUGUGGGAAAGCCAAUGGUAAGAUCAGAGAAGGCUAUAAUCGAAAAUGGAUGUUGUCGAUGGCAAAAUCCGAUGUAUGAGACUGUUAAAUUUACUAGGGAGCUCAAAACCGGGAAGAUCAGUGAAAGAAUAUACAAUUUCAUUCUCUCAACUGGAUCCUCAAAAGCUGGUUUUCUUGGGGAAGUUUCGAUCGAUUUUGCUGACUAUGCUGAGGCAACUAAAGUUUCUACUGUAUCCCUUCCCUUAAAUAAUUCACGGUCAAAAGCAGUUUUGCAUGUCUCAAUACAAAGGGUUCAAGAAAAUGUUGAUCAAAGAGAAACAGAGGAAAGUGAAGAUGCAAGCGGUAAAUACCAAAGUAGGAGUCUGAGGAACCAAUUAAGCAAUAGUGAAGCUGAGGAAAGCAAUAACAACAAUUCUACAGAAGAUAAACCUCCAAGUAAAACUGUCGUCAAUGCUGAAUCGAAUGGCAACUUCAGAGUGUCCAGUGGAUCUGACAUUACAUUGUCAAGUUCUGAGAGUGGUUCUGGGUUCAAUACCCCCCGAGACCAGGCCCCCAGUAGCUUUCUAUCAUCCCUGAGCCACACUGCAGUGCCAAAUAAACCAACAGAAAAUAACCAAACAACAAUCUGUGAAGAGCAUCAGAGAUCACAAUCAGAGUGGUCAGUCAGCUCAGAUCAUGGAAUAAGUACUGAUGACUCCACAAAUGGUUUUCAAGACACUUUUUUAAGAGAAAGGUCUCAGCAAGUGUCAGAUGAUGAGAUUGAAAAACUCAAGUCUGAGCUUGCUGCUUUAACAAGGCAGGCAGAUUUGUCAGAGUUGGAAUUACAGACGCUGAGAAAGCAAAUUGUGAAAGAAAGCAAAAGGGGGCAUGAUCUAUCCAGGGAAGUUGUCAGCUUGAAAGAGGAGAGACAUCUACUAAUGGCAGAAUGUGAGAGAUUAAAGGCUUUUCAGAAGCGUAUGGAUGAAGCUAAAGUUAAAAACAAGUUGCAGUUUGAGGGCAGGGAUCCAUGGGUUCUUGUUGAAGAAAUCAGACAAGAACUGCAAUAUGAGAAGGACCUCAAUGCAAAUCUACGGAUACAACUACAGAAGACACAGGAAUCAAAUUCUGAGUUAAUGCUUGCCGUAAAAGACCUAGAUGAAAUGUUGGAGCAGAAGAACAUGGAGACAUCCAAUCUUUCCAAAAAAUCAGGAUCCCAUGAUAAUGUGGAAGAAUUGAGGGAAAACAUCUUUAGGAGUGAGAGUGAUGAUGAUGAAGAGCAAAAGGUGCUGGAAGAGCUUGUUAAGGGACACAGAGAUGCCAAUGAGACAUACCUGCUGGAACAAAAGGUAACAGACCUCUACAGUGAAAUAGAGAUAUCUAGAAGAGAUAAAGAUGAACUAGAGAUGCAAAUGGAGCAGCUUGCCCUUGACUAUGAGAUACUGAAGCAAGAAAAUCAUGACAUCUCAUAUAAAUUAGAGCAAAGUCAGCUGCAAGAACAACUGAAGAUGCAGUAUGAAUGCUCUUCUUCAUUCGCUAAUAUUAGUGAACUUGAAACCCAAAUUGAGAAUCUGGAGAGUGAACUGGAGAAGCAAUCAAAAGAUUUCUCUGAUUCGUUGACUACCAUAAAAGAACUUGAAGCCCAUAUCAAGGACUUGGAGGAAGACUUGGAGAAGCAGGGACUAGCAUACCAAGCUGAUCUGGAAGCUGUGACACGUGCCAAAGUUGAGCAGGAGCAAAGAGCAAUUCAAGCAGAGGAAGCCUUGCGAAAGACAAGAUCGAAAAAUGCUACCACAGCUGAAAGGCUACAGGAAGAAUUUAGAAGGCUCUCUGCACAAAUGGCCUCUACUUUUGAUGCAAACGAGAAGGUGGCCAUGAAAGCCAUUGCAGAAGCUAGUGAAUUACGCAUGCAGAAAAGCCAACUUGAAGAAAUGCUCAAGAAUUCAUGUGAAGAGCUUCUGUCAGCUAGAGAUGAUUAUGAGACAAAACUCUAUGAACUUUCUGACCAGUUGAAUAAGAAAACAGAGCAGAUAGAGCAGUUGUUGGGGGACGUUGACCAUAUAUCUAAGCAGCUUGAACAUCAAAAGAAGCACGAGGAAGAAGUUUGUGGGACUCUCACCAUGGAGAUUUUGCAGUUAAAAUCUGAGAUUGAGAAACUCAGGACAAAUAAUGAUCUUCUCUCUGAAAAAGCAGAACAGAAAGAAAGUUUGAGAAUUGAGCUGGAAGAAAUGAAGACAUCAGUUGAGGAAAGUGAGCUGCUUUUACAAAAAGGGAAUAUGCAGAGACAUGAACUGGUAAGUAAAAUUGCUUUGGUGAAGAAAGAAGCAGAGAAGUCACAGGAGGAGCUACUGAGAGUUAGUCAUCUCAAGGAUGAAAAGGAGGCAGCAUUUCAACUCUUAAAAUCAGAGCUUGAACUGCACAAAUCUCAGUGUAAUGACUUGAAACAUUCUUUAUAUGAGGAUGAGUUAGAGAAAGAAAAGCUUAGAAAGCAGGUAUUUCAGUUAAAGGGUGACCUUAAGAAGAAGGAAGAUGCAUUCACCAUUCUAGAGAAAAAAGUGAAGGAUGGCAACAGAAGAGGAUCAGUUUCUGAUGUAACAAGAAGUACUCUAAGAAACAAUAAACCUGCUACAGUUGCUCAAGGAUGUAAAGAGGUUGCCAGUUUGAGAGAAAAGAUUAAAAUACUUGAGGGACAAAUAAAAUUAAAGGAGACUGCUUUGGAGACCUCAACAAAUUCAUUUUUAGAGAAGGAAAAGGAUCUUAAGAACAAAAUUGAAGAAUUGGAGUCCAGAGUGGAAGAGUUCAGUCAGAAUAGCAGUUUCUGCAAAUUAUCAUUUGAAAAGGUAACUGAAGAAAUGAAAAGCUCAGCCGAAGUUCUGAGCAGUUCAUCAUGCCUGAUCAAAGAAAAUGGAAAUAUCAGGCCACCAUUCAAUAGCAACAAUGAUAAUUUAUUAGAGGAAGAGCUCGAACCAUAUACCAUGAAUGAAAAAAACAGCAACCACAACGAUCUGUUAAUUGAACUAGCGUCUCUGAAGGAACAAAAUAGAACUAUGGAAAGUGAGCUGAAGGAUAUGCAAGAGAGAUAUUCAGAGAUAAGUCUCAAGUUUGCUGAGGUAGAAGGUGAAAGACAAAAGCUUGUGAUGACAGUACGGAACCUCAAGAAUGCCAAGAAGAGCAAAUAACUGUUUCCUUGUUAUACACUGAAACCAAUAUACGUAUCGUUGCAGCAGCUGUGCAUGCAUGCCCUCUGAAGGAAAUAAGAAACAUAGACAUGGCGAUUCUGUCAGAGUGAAUAAAUCAAAUUGUACAAAUCCUAUACAAGUUUACCUUGUAGUUUCCAUAGGUAAUUGUGCUUCAUUGUCUUAUUCAUGUUGUAUCUUUUUUCCUUUGGUUGAAAUGUGAAGUUUUAUCAUUUGUAUAUAUUCAUUCAUUUUUCCUGGUAUUCAA